AUGGCAUUAAAUGGGUCAUAUCAGCGCUCCAUAGGCAUGACUCCGUUCAAAUUGGUUUUUGGGGUAGAAAUGAAUCACCCAGAGUACCAGUCAAUCAAAGAAGCAGUGGAGCUUGAGUAUGUCAGGUGUCACGAGGAAGGUCAAGAGGAAAACCGGAAGUAUGCAAAGAAGCAGAUACAAAAGGCGCAGAUUCAACAGCAGAGCAUGUUUAACAAAUCCAGGAAGGAAGCCACAAGCUAUCGCCUUGGGGAUCUGGUCGCCAUCAAAAGGACUCAAUUCCUACCCACAUCAAAGCUGUGCAAGAAGUUCUUAGGACCUUAUCAGAUUGUAGGACGUGAAGGUAAUGAGCUUUAUAAGGUACUCAAAGUGGGAACACAAGAAAAGCGGAGAAGAUACAGCCUCCGAGGCGGACACUGUUCAAGGCGGGAGAGUGUGGGAUGGUAA